CUGAGCGCGAGGCUGACUGCUCUGGGAGCUGCUCGUUCAGGGCGGGGGCUGUAGUCGGUGGUCGGUUUUUCCUGCGGGCGUGAAGGCAUGUUGGUAAUCGGCUCAGUAAUGUGGAGAGGUACUGAACGGCACCAAAUAUCUGACCCCGAUUCCUGGGAGUAAAGCGAGGCAGAAAGAGGGAGGAAGUGUGUGUGUGAAAGAGAGAGAGAGGGGGGAGAAAAAAAGAAGAGAGAGAGAGAGAGGGCCAUGUGAAAAAGGGGUGGAGGGGAGCUGAGAUUUAGUGCUCUGCUGGAUGAGACAACCCCCCACUAACUAACGGAGAGGGAGAGUAGCCUAAUAGGAAGAAAGGAGGGGGUGUUGUACUCUUCAUUUAACACUCAAAGAAGCAGGAAGCCUUUAUCGCUCCCCACAAUGACAUCUGAAAAGUGGAUUUCUGUUCGCUGUCAAGAGUAGCGCCCUGACCAUCAAAAGGAAAAAACAACACAAACACACAAAGAGGUCGGUCCUACCCAAGAGAAGCAAAAUGUCUCGAACAGAAGAAGUUAACAAGAUGACGGAAAAUGUCUACAAGGGGAUUCUGGACCAGUUUAAUCCCAGUCUGAAGAACUUUGUGACUAUGGGGAAACACUAUGAGAGAGCCCUGACAGGAGUAACUGUGGCUGCCAAGGGGUACUUUGAUGCUCUGGUGAAACUGGGAGAACUGGCAAGUGACAGCCAAGGCUCCAAAGAGCUGGGAGACACAUUGUUUCAGAUGGCCGAGGUGCACAGACAGAUUCAGGUGCAGCUGGAAGAUGUGUUGAAGUUGUUUCACUCUGAACUGCUUGCCCAGUUGGAGCAGAAGCUGGAACUGGAUAUUAAAUACCUCACAGCCACCCUGAAGAAGUAUCAGAGUGAGCGGAGGUCUAAGUCUGAGUCUAUCGAGCGCUGCCAGUCCCAGCUGAAGAAGCUCCGCAGGAAGAGCCAGGGCAGUCGACACCCAAACAAAUAUGGAGACCGAGAGAUGCAGUUUGUGGAGUUGAUGAGUCGUCGUCAAGGUGAGCUGGAUGCGAUGGUUGCCACGGGUUACAAGUCUGCGCUCACUGAAGAAAGGAGACGAUACUGCUUCCUGGUCGACAGACAGUGUUGUGUAACCAAACUGCUUAUCAGCUACCACUCCAAGGUGAGAGAGCUUCUGUCGCAGAAACUGUCAUCAUGGCAGCUGUCCUGUUCUCAGCCCACAAGACUACCAGAGCGAGCUCUGAAUCUGCUGCGCCACACUGCGCCUCAAAGCUCAGGUGCUGCUGGGAUAGCCGAGGUACUCCGCCACACCAAGCUAGGCUCUGCUCAGCCUGAACAGAGGCUCUCUCUGCUAGAGAUCCCGACUAUGUUGAAUGGAGACUCCAGUCGCUCCCAGCAGCAACGCCAGCUUCCUUCCUCCUCUCAGAGUGAAACCUGUCCACCUCAGGGCUCCCCUCAGACUUUCUGCUCCUUCUCCUCUGGGGGAGCAGCCGGAGGUUCAUCACAGGGAGCGUCUCCUCAGCACAGCAGCACUCCCCUCGAUACAUCAGCCAGCCUCCUCCCUGAAAGCAGCGGCAGCCCCAGCCCAGCUGCAUCCACUCCCACCCCGUCCAGCAGCUCUGGCCAGCAAGGCCCCCAACUAAUGACCACCAACACCACCAACCUCUCCCCGAGCCUCAUCCCAUCCACUGUGAUGUCACUUAGCCAGAUUUCCCCGACCAGCGGCUCCUUGCAUGGCAUGACCCUCCCCAUCACCCACAGUGCUCCUCACAGUCCUCCACUGCCCCACAGUGCUCCUCUUUCCAGGGCCAUGACUCCUGUGCAGCUCCUGCACCAACAGGUGGGACCAGGAGGGAGCAACACUUCAUCACCGUCACACAUUCCCUGGAUGAAGACUUCUGACAUGAGUGCAACAGCAACACUGCCACUGCCGAGGAAACCCAACAGUGAAAUGAGGCUCGGAGGCUUUCAGGGCUCCAGUCUCCCUAGGAUUAUGCCUUUAUCUGGUCCUACACGUGUUGAAGCCUUGUUUGCCCACUCCCCUGGGGAGUCAGAGGCAGUGGUGGUGGUGGUGGGUGGUGGCGGCGUUGGCGGAGCUUGCUUGCUGCACUUCCAGCAGGGUGACAGCAUCACCCUGCUCAUAUCUGAGGCCAGAGACGGAUGGCACUACGGUCAAAAUGAACGAACUGGACGGAAAGGCUGGUUCCCUUUUUCCUACACUCAGCCACAGCACAAUGCGAUGGAUCACCUCGAGAGCUCCCUCUUCCUCUCCAAGGCUAACAGCAACAGUACGGGCCAGCUCGACAAGCUUGGGUCUCAGGGUCCUGCAGCCCUCACACCAGAGUCAGAGGAGGAGCGGUCUCUUCCUCCCCAGAGGGUCAGCACCUUCCGCCCGCGCCCGUACAGCAUGGCCGACAGCAACAGGAUUACUUCAGCAUUUGCCUCCCCACCACCAUCCCCUACCAGGGUCAACCCGUUUGCUCACAUCCGACUCAGAAAAACUGUCACCAACGAUCGCUCGGCUCCCAUCAUCGAGUAAAAAUUGUAUUCAAACAGCAGCAAUCUUGCGUUCUGUGGUUUGUCAGGUCUUCAAACCUCAGGUUGAUUCCUGGAAACAACCCACGCGGUCAUGAUGAGU